CGUUAUCUGUCCACGUCAGUUCGUACGCGGUUUGUAACAUAACCUAAAAAGUGAUUCGUGCCUUCGAAACAUCGCAGUCGAUGAGCGAGACGUUCACGCAGAUGACAAGUUAUUCGCACAUUUCCUAGCGUGAAUAAGAGUGCAGCGAAAUGCAUUGGACGUUGUGCGCGUUGAUCAUCGGGUCGUUCGGAUGCAAAUAUAUACACGCUCAGGCGCAAAGAGUCGCGCCGGGUGUUCCGCCACAGCAUUAUCAGCAGCCCGUUCAAGUGCCUCCAUCACAACACAUUCCACACCAGCAACAAGUAAAUUCAUGAUUUAUCAACAAGUACCGGUGCAACAACAGCAAGUGCCGAUACAACAGCAGGUUCCUGUUCAGCAGAUACCGAUGCAACAAGUACCUAUGCAACAGCAGGUACCAAUGCAACAAGUACCUGUACAACAACAAGUGCCUAUCCAACAGCAGCCAUCAGUUCAACAAGGACACGGGCAUGGUCAUGGACAUGGACAAGGGCAACCUCAAAUACUUAAUACUGCUAAUAUAGCCCAUGAGAAACAACAUAUCGCAGAACACGCUGAUAUACCCAUAGAUACAAGCAAGAUGACUGAUCAGGAAUUACAGUUUCACUAUUUCAAGAUGCACGAUGCUGAUAACAACAAUAAGCUGGAUGGUUGCGAGCUGAUCAAGUCCCUCAUUCAUUGGCAUGAACAAGGAAGCCCAGAUUCUGGUGGGCCACAUGGUGAAAAAUUGUUCAACGAUGACGAGUUAGUACAAUUGAUAGAUCCGAUACUUAACAUGGAUGAUACCAACAAUGAUGGUUACAUUGAUUAUCCUGAAUUUAUUCAAGCCCAACAGAACGCCGCAGCCAGCACGCGUGUAUAAUAGUAUAUUCCGUGUAAACUGUAAAAUUAAAGAAAAACUUUUAUAAGGACUCUAUAAUAAUGAGAAAUCUCAUUAUAUCAUUGAUGUCUCGCGAUGUUCAUGUCGACAUUACACAUUUAUAUAUGUAUGAUCAUGCAUAUAUUACGUCAAGUUCUGUUGGUAUUUGUGAUAAUCCACUUUUCAUCGAUUCGAUUCUAACCAUAUAUAAUACGAAAAGGGAAAAAAUUUUGGUUUUUUAUAUGAUGUCGGUAAAAGAUAUAUAUGAAUACUGUCAUAUGAUAUAAUUAAAAAGCGAUAUAUAUAAAAUAUUCCAAAAUUUCCCUCAUUUAUUUAUAAUAUUUAAUGAGAUUAAUUCUACGAUAACAGUGUUUGCCGCGCAUUAUUAUUCUAUUAUUAUUAUAUAAAUGGUUGUAAUAUUCUAGAGCGUUAUUAAAAAUUGGGUUUUUGAUAUAACAAAACUAUUUUUAUAUAGACAAGAAUAUUUUAUAGAUACUCCUGCUGUUAAUAAAUAAAAAGAUCAUUUAUUAGUUUUCACUGUUGUUUAUAUAAUUGAAAUAUAUCUAUAAAAUAGUAGUUUGAAUUCAUGUAUAACAAUAUAUAUGUAUUAAGGAUAAUAAUAGAUGUUUUACUAGCGGUUUCUACGUCCAACACAAAGUAUGAAUAAUCUCGUAUUCUGUAAAUAUAUAUACAUAUUGUUACCUACAAUAUUUUCGAAUGAAAAAAACAAUUUAAACUUGUUCUCGUAAUCGAUCGUAUUGCGUUAUAUUCCUAUGAGAAUUUCGAUCUUCAUCGCAACAAUUAUUUCGAUAAGAAGAGUGGAAAUGUGGUGAAUAUACAGAGAGAUCGAUAGUUUAUAAGUUUUUUAUCAAUUAUUGUAUCUUUAUAUUAAAAGACACUCUAUUGUCAGUAAUUUCAAGCACAGAAACAUUUGUAAUUUUAUACGACGCAAGUAAGCAUGUCAUAAUAUAAUUACAUUUACUUUCAAGGAAUAUAUAUAUAUCAUUUUGCUCAAGCGCGAACAUCGUUAAAAAUCUCACCGCUCUAGAGCACAAUUAUGGAAAUACUUACAAUAGUGUGAAAAUGAUAGAUAUGCUCAAACGACUAGAUUAUGACUAGAUGUAAGACUAAAUUUUUCUUCCUACUUUACUACUUAUAAGUACAUUCCGUUGACCAAAUAAUCGGCAUCAUGCGCGUAAGGUCCGUGUCCACAUCUUCCACGCCGUCUCCUCACUACGUUAAAACCGCAACUAAUUAAGAAAACCGCGAUUACAGUCGCUAUAAGACCCAACGUCAACGACACCACAGCUCCUUUAGGGUCGUUUUCGAUUAUUUGAACACGUUCCGAAAUAAUGUCGGUUCUUUCGCGCGUUCUGGCAUGCUCCUCAAUCACAAUUACGCUUUUAUGAUCUAAAUCUAAAAUGUAAAUAAGAAAAAAUGUAAACGUAAAUAAUACGUUUUACGAUGAAAAGUUAAACAGAUGUGUGACAUCAAAUGAAAAAUAUCGUGAUUGCAAAACUGAUUUUACACGAUAAUUACUUGUAUCUUUGUUUUUUUAUCAUACAAUAAAUUCAGUACAACAUUUUUA